GAUUGGCUGGAAUUAGGGCCGGGUUCCGGAGUCCUUUCCAGCUCCCUCUUCGGCCGGGUUUCCCGCCGAAUACAAAGGCGCACUGUGAACUGGCUCUUUCUUUCCGCCAAUCAUUUCCGCCAGCCAUUCAUCACCGAUUUUCUUCAUCUUCCCCUCCCUCUUCCGUCCCGCAGUCCCCGACCUGUUAGCUCUCCGUUAGUUAAGGGACUCGGGUCCUUCCGAACUGCGCAUGCGCCACCGCGUCUGCGGGGGUGAGAAGCGGGCAGGGGCGCAGGCGCAGUAGUGUAAUCCCCCUGGCCGGUCCCUAAGCACGUGGGUUGGGUUGUCCUGCUUGGCUGCAGAGGGAGUGGAACCUCGAUAUUGGUGGUGUCCAUCGUGGGCAGCGGACUAAUAAAGGCCAUGGCGCCAGCAGAAAUCCUGAACGGGAAGGAGAUCUCCGCGCAAAUAAGGGCGAGACUGAAAAAUCAAGUCACUCAGUUGAAGGAGCAAGUACCUGGUUUCACACCAGGCCUGGCAAUAUUACAGGUUGGCAACAGAGAUGAUUCCAAUCUUUAUAUAAAUGUGAAGCUGAAGGCUGCUGAAGAGAUUGGGAUCAAAGCCACUCACAUCAAGUUACCAAGAACAACCACAGAAUCUGAGGUGAUCAAGUACAUUACAUCUUUGAAUGAAGACUCUACUGUACACGGGUUCUUAGUGCAGCUACCUUUAGAUUCAGAGAAUUCCAUUAACACUGAAGAAGUGAUCAAUGCUAUUGCACCCGAGAAGGAUGUGGAUGGAUUGACUAGCAUCAAUGCUGGGAAACUUGCUAGAGGUGACCUCAAUGACUGUUUCAUUCCUUGUACGCCUAAGGGAUGCUUGGAACUCAUCAAAGAGGCAGGGGUGCCCAUUGCCGGAAGGCAUGCUGUGGUGGUCGGGCGCAGUAAAAUAGUUGGGGCCCCAAUGCAUGACUUGCUUCUGUGGAACAAUGCCACAGUGACCACCUGCCACUCCAAGACUACCAAUCUGGAUGAGGAGGUAAAUAAAGGUGACAUCCUGGUGGUUGCAACUGGUCAGCCUGAAAUGGUUAAAGGGGAGUGGAUCAAACCUGGGGCAAUAGUCAUCGACUGUGGAAUCAAUUAUGUCCCAGAUAAUAAAAAACCAAAUGGGAGAAAAGUUGUGGGUGAUGUGGCAUACGACGAGGCCAAAGAGAGGGCGAGCUUCAUCACUCCUGUUCCUGGCGGCGUAGGGCCCAUGACAGUUGCAAUGCUCAUGCAGAGCACAGUAGAGAGUGCCAAGCGUUUCCUGGAGAAAUUUAAGCCAGGAAAGUGGAUGAUUCAGUAUAACAACCUUAACCUCAAGACGCCUGUUCCAAGUGACAUUGAUAUAUCACGAUCUUGUAAACCGAAGCCCAUUGGUAAGCUGGCUCGAGAAAUUGGUCUGCUGUCUGAAGAGGUAGAAUUAUAUGGUGAAACAAAGGCCAAAGUUCUGCUGUCAGCACUAGAACGCCUGAAGCACCGGCCUGAUGGGAAAUACGUGGUGGUGACUGGAAUAACUCCAACACCCCUGGGAGAAGGGAAAAGCACAACUACAAUCGGGCUAGUGCAAGCCCUUGGUGCCCAUCUCUACCAGAAUGUCUUUGCGUGUGUGCGACAGCCUUCUCAGGGCCCCACCUUUGGAAUAAAAGGUGGCGCUGCAGGAGGUGGCUACUCCCAGGUCAUUCCUAUGGAAGAGUUUAAUCUCCACCUCACAGGUGACAUCCAUGCCAUCACUGCAGCUAAUAACCUCGUUGCUGCGGCCAUUGAUGCUCGGAUAUUUCAUGAACUGACCCAGACAGACAAGGCUCUCUUUAAUCGUUUGGUGCCAUCAGUAAAUGGAGUGAGAAAGUUCUCUGACAUCCAAAUCCGAAGGUUAAAGAGACUAGGCAUUGAAAAGACUGACCCUACCACACUGACAGAUGAAGAGAUAAACAGAUUUGCAAGAUUGGACAUUGAUCCAGAAACCAUAACUUGGCAAAGAGUGUUGGAUACCAAUGAUAGAUUCCUGAGGAAGAUCACGAUUGGACAGGCUCCAACGGAGAAGGGUCACACACGGACGGCCCAGUUUGAUAUCUCUGUGGCCAGUGAAAUUAUGGCUGUCCUGGCUCUCACCACUUCUCUAGAAGACAUGAGAGACAGACUGGGCAAAAUGGUGGUGGCAUCCAGUAAGAAAGGAGAGCCCGUCAGUGCCGAAGAUCUGGGGGUGAGUGGUGCACUGACAGUGCUUAUGAAGGACGCAAUCAAGCCCAAUCUCAUGCAGACACUGGAGGGCACUCCAGUGUUUGUCCAUGCUGGCCCGUUUGCCAACAUCGCACAUGGCAAUUCCUCCAUCAUUGCAGACCGGAUCGCACUCAAGCUUGUUGGCCCAGAAGGGUUUGUAGUGACGGAAGCGGGAUUUGGAGCAGACAUUGGAAUGGAAAAGUUUUUUAACAUCAAAUGCCGGUAUUCCAGCCUCUGCCCUCAUGUGGUGGUGCUUGUUGCCACUGUCAGGGCUCUCAAGAUGCACGGGGGCGGCCCCAUGGUUACUGCUGGACUGCCUCUUCCUAAGGCUUACAUAGAGGAGAACCUGGAGUUGGUUGAAAAAGGCUUCAGUAACUUGAAGAAACAAAUUGAAAAUGCCAGAAUGUUUGGAAUUCCAGUAGUAGUGGCCGUGAAUGCAUUCAAGACGGAUACAGAGGCUGAGCUGGACCUCAUCGGCCGCCUUUCCAGAGAACAUGGGGCUUUUGAUGCCGUGAAGUGCACUCACUGGGCAGAAGGGGGCAAGGGUGCCUUAGCCCUGGCUCAGGCCGUCCAGAGAGCAGCACAAGCACCCAGCAGCUUCCAGCUCCUUUAUGACCUCAAGCUCCCAGUUGAGGAUAAAAUCAGGAUCAUUGCACAGAAGAUCUAUGGAGCAGAUGACAUUGAAUUACUCCCCGAAGCUCAACACAAAGCUGAAGUGUACACAAAGCAGGGCUUUGGGAAUCUCCCCAUCUGCAUGGCUAAAACACACUUGUCUUUGUCUCACAACCCAGAGCAAAAAGGUGUCCCUACAGGCUUCGUUCUGCCCAUUCGUGACAUCCGCGCCAGCGUUGGGGCUGGUUUUCUAUACCCCUUAGUAGGAACGAUGAGCACAAUGCCUGGACUCCCCACCCGGCCCUGUUUUUACGAUAUUGAUUUGGACCCUGAAACAGAACAGGUGAAUGGAUUAUUCUAAACAGAUCAUCAUCCAUCUUCAAGAAGCUACUUUGAAAGUCUGGCCAGUGUCUAUUCAGGCCCACUGGGAGUUAGGAAGUAUAAGUAAGCCAAGAGAAGUCAGCCCCUGCCCAGAAGAUCUGAAACUAAUAGUAGAAGUUUCCCCAGAAGUCAUUUUCAGCCUUAAUUCUCAUCAUGUAUAAAUUAACAUAAAUCAUGCACAUGUCUAUUUACUUUAGUGACGUUCCACAGAAUAAAAGGAAAUAAUUUUGCCAUC